AGAGACCCCUUCAUUUAAGACUAUAUUAGCACACAUUUUAUCUACUACUCUCAAAAAUGAAUCAAAGUUUGGGUUUGAGAAUAUUCGCGCUUUCUCACUUCAAGGAUAUCAUACAGAAAAAAAAGCAUAUAUCUGUGUGAGAACAUAG